AUGGCUACUCCUUCACACGCAGACAAGACCGAGCACGGCUACGUGGAUCUCGAGGCUCACGAAGCCGCGGUAAAUGGCGGAGGCCCCGCUGUCAACCCGAGCCGCUUCGCACUCAAGAACCCGCACGUGCGCGAGAUCUGCGCUGAGUUCGUGGCCGUCUUCGUCAUGAUGAGCUUCGGCCUGGGCGCGACGUGCCAGUCUAUCCUAACCGAGAGCAAAUACGGCGACUUCACGCAGAUCGUGUUCGGCUGGGGCAUCGGCGUGCUCUUCGGCAUCCACAUCGGCGGCGGCGUCUCGGGAUCGCACCUAAACCCGGCCAUUACGACCACCGCGGCGCUAUUCGGAAUGCUCCCGUGGAGGAAAGUGCCUGGUUACGUGGCCGCCCAGACGCUGGCCGCGUAUCUGGCUGCUCUGUUCAUCUACGUGCUGUAUCGGCCGCUGCUCAACGUCGCCGACCCGGAACGCGAGACGACGCACGCCAUCUUCGCGACGUACCCGAACGAGUACGUAUCCAACUUCAUCGCGUUCUUAACCGAGAUGUUCGCGACGGCAUUGCUAGUAGGCGGCAUCUUUGCCGUGCUGGACCAGCACAACCGUCCGGCCAGCCCGUUCAGUGCGCCCAGCGCCGUGGCUCUGCUGGUCGUCGGCAUCGGCAUGGCCUUCAGCGUCAACACCGGCUGUGCCAUCAACCCGGCGCGCGACUUUGGCCCGCGUCUCAUGAUGCUGACGGCUGGGUGGGGCUCGCACGUGUUCUCGCUCAACCACUACUACUUCUGGGUGCCGAUCGUGGGUCCCACCGUCGGCGGCGCGCUCGGCGGACUCGUGUACGUGGCGCUAGUUGGCCACCACCACCCGCAGAAGGCGACCGUGGUGCGCAAGCACGGCGAGCAGUUCCACUUCUAA